AUGGGACCAGAUCCUGAUGGACAAUUUUGGUACCAGGGACUAGAAACAUCUUUAGUAAAUAAUAUGAUGCAAAAUAUCGAAGAAAACUCUUUGUCGUGUAUCACUUCUGUGACAUUAAAUUUCAAUUUUGAUGGAUUACCGGUGUACAACAGCGCAAAGUAUCAGUUCUGGCCAAUUUUAGCUUCCGUUAAAAAUAUACCUACUUUGCCACCAAUAAUUGUUGGUAUUUAUUACGGCCAACACAAGCCGAAUGUACAAGAAUAUUUGGCAGAGUUUGUAAAAGAAUUAAGUACGAUUUUGAAGAAUGGUAUAAAAAUUAAGAGCAAUAAUCAGUUCAUAGCUGUAAAAAUUGGAUGUUUUAUCUGUGACUCCCCUGCAAGAGCAUUUAUAAAAGGUACUGUGAACUAUAACCAUCGACAAGGUUGCACCAAAUGCAUAGCAGAAGGACAGUAUUUUACGGAAGGUCAUCAUAUGAGUUUCCCUCGUAUAGAUGCAGAACUCAGAACUGAUGUCAGUUUCCGGAACAGACUGGACGAAGAUCAUCAUAAAGAGAUCUCUCCUCUUGAAGAACUGCCUAUAGAUUUAAUCAAUGAUUUUGUAGUGGCUGAUUCAUUGCAUUUAUUAGAAUUAG